UAGGCAGGCCGACCACAUCCAGCUCUCACUCUCUCAUCAACGGUUAUCUGCUGAUAGCCGGGAGCUGGAUAUCGAGGCGCAGGCGAUCAUACCCUUUGUGCCUUGCUGUCCUGCCUUACCACAGCCUUUGACAACCCAACUACCCUGAGAUGCCUACACAGUUGGAAACUGCCCUAGAGGAAAUGAUCGCUGUAUUCUAUGAAUUCUCCAAACAGGAAGGUAACCAGAACCUUCUGACCAAGGGAGAGCUCCAGAAACUGCUGCAGGAGGAGCUGAAGCUUCCUGAGUGGACCCAGAAAGAUCCGUCAUAUGUGGACAUCAUCCUGAAAACUGUGGAUGAAAAUAAAGAUGGACAGGUUUCCUUCGAGGAGUAUGCAAAGCUGGUGUCUAGAUUAAUUCAGUCUUACCAUGACUUCAAUCAGUGAUAUUUAGAAAGUCUGUGAUUGGUGACCAUUUGUGCAAUCCUCUGGUUCCACACUUUUGUUUGAGUAGUGACCAUGUGUGGUGUCACCUUUGAGCCACACUUCUGUCUGAAUAAAAUGACUUGGAGGAUA